AUGGAAAUGCUGAAGGACGACUUCGGGGACAUGUCUCCCCAGCAGCUCGCUGCUCCUGUGAACACAGUGGAGGAAAAAUGGAAACUGCUUCCAGCUUUUUUGAAGGUCAAAGGUUUAGUAAAGCAACACAUUGAUUCUUUCAACUACUUCAUCAAUGUAGAGAUAAAGAAGAUCAUGAAGGCAAAUGAGAAGAUUACAAGUGAUGCUGAUCCAAUGUGGUAUCUAAAGUACCUCAAUAUUUACGUUGGUAUGCCUGAUGUAGAGGAGAGCUUUAAUGUAACCAGACCAGUGUCUCCACAUGAGUGUCGUUUGAGAGACAUGACCUACUCCGCUCCCAUUACAGUGGACAUAGAGUACACCAGAGGCAGCCAGAGAAUCAUUCGCAAUGCAUUACCCAUUGGAAGGAUGCCAAUUAUGUUGCGCAGCUCCAACUGUGUCUUGACAGGCAAGACACCCAUGGAGUUCUCUAAGCUCAAUGAAUGUCCCCUAGAUCCAGGGGGCUAUUUCAUCGUGAAGGGUCAGGAGAAGGUCAUUCUCAUCCAGGAGCAGCUGUCCAAGAACCGCAUUAUUGUGGAGCAAGACCGCAAGGGUGCAGUGGGAGCCUCCGUUACCAGCUCCACUCAUGAGAAGAAGAGUAGAACUAACAUGAUUGUGAAGCAGGGUCGUUUUUACUUGAAGCACAACACACUCUCUGAGGAUGCUCCAAUAGCCAUCAUAUUCAAGGCCAUGGGUGUGGAGAGUGAUCAGGAGAUAGUACAGAUGAUUGGUACAGAAGAGCAUGUCAUGGCUGCUUUUGCUCCUAGCCUGGAAGAAUGCCAGAAAGCUCAGAUUUUCACCCAAACCCAGGCACUGAAGUACAUUGGAAAUAAAGUGCGGCGUCAGCGCAUGUGGGGUGGACCCAAGAAAACCAAGAUGGAGGAAGCCCGAGAGCUGCUGGCUUCCACCAUUCUCACCCAUGUCCCUGUAAAAGAGUUUAACUUUCGGGCCAAGUGCAUUUACCUCGCUGUAAUGGUGCGCAGAGUGAUUCUUGCUCAAGGCAACAACAAAGUGGACGAUCGUGAUUACUAUGGAAACAAGCGUCUGGAGUUGGCUGGCCAGCUGCUGUCUCUGCUGUUUGAGGAUCUCUUUAAGAAGUUUAACUCUGAGCUGAAGAAGAUCGCAGACCAGAUCAUCCCCAAGCAGAGAGCGGCUCAGUUCGACGUGGUGAAACACAUGAGGCAGGACCAGAUCACUAACGGCAUGGUUAAUGCCAUCUCUACUGGGAACUGGUCUCUGAAGAGGUUUAAGAUGGACAGGCAGGGAGUCACACAGGUGCUCUCUCGCCUGUCCUUCAUCUCAGCGUUAGGCAUGAUGACCCGGAUCUCUUCUCAGUUUGAGAAAACCAGGAAAGUGAGUGGACCUCGCUCCCUUCAGCCCUCACAGUGGGGAAUGCUGUGCCCCUCAGACACACCUGAAGGAGAGGCGUGUGGUCUGGUGAAGAACCUGGCUCUAAUGACCCACAUCACCACAGACAUGGAGGAUGGGCCCAUCAUUAAACUGGCCUUUAACCUUGGAGUGGAGGAUGUCAACCUGCUCUGUGGAGAGGAGCUGUCCUACCCUACUGUUUUCCUAGUUUUCCUGAAUGGUAACAUACUGGGAGUGAUUCGAGACCACCGCAAGCUUGUCAACACAUUCAGGCUGAUGCGAAGAGCUGGCUUUAUUAACGAGUUUGUUUCCAUCUCCACCAAUGUGACGGACCGCUGUGUCUACAUCUCCUCUGACGGGGGGCGCCUCUGCAGACCCUACAUCAUUGUGAAGAACGGACAGCCGGCUGUGAAGAACAAACACAUUGAGGAGCUGUCUCAGGGUUACAGGAACUUUGAGGACUUUCUGCAUGAAGGUCUGGUGGAAUAUCUUGAUGUGAAUGAGGAGAAUGACUGCUCUAUUGCUCUGUAUGAGCAUGUGAUCACCAAGGACACUACACAUUUGGAAAUUGAGCCAUUUACUCUGCUGGGGGUUUGUGCUGGAUUGAUCCCUUAUCCCCAUCAUAACCAGUCCCCCAGGAACACCUACCAGUGUGCUAUGGGCAAACAGGCCAUGGGCACUAUUGGCUAUAACCAGAGGAACCGGAUAGACACGCUGAUGUACCUGCUGGCCUAUCCUCAGAGACCCAUGGUGAAAACAAAGACCAUUGAACUGAUUGACUUUGAGAAACUGCCUGCAGGUCAGAACGCCACAGUGGCUGUGAUGAGCUACAGUGGUUAUGAUAUUGAGGACGCUCUGGUGCUUAAUAAGGCCUCACUAGACAGAGGUUUUGGCAGAUGUCUUGUGUACAAGAACGCCAAGUGCACCCUGAGACGUUAUACUAACCAGACCUUUGACAAGGUGAUGGGUCCCAUGCUGGAUGCUGAAACUCGGAAGCCCAUCUGGAGGCACAGCAUCCUGGAUGCGGAUGGCAUCUGCUCUCCUGGUGAACGAGUGGAGAAUAAGCAGGUGCUGGUGAAUAAGUCUAUGCCCACAGUUACCCAGACACCACUGGAGGGCAGUACCCAGCCAAGCCAGCCACAGUACAGAGAUGUACCCAUCACGUAUAAGGGCUCAACAGACUCAUACAUAGAGAAGGUCAUGAUAUCAUCAAAUGCUGAGGAUGCCUUCCUGGUGAAAAUCCUGCUCAGGCAGACACGUAGGCCCGAGAUAGGAGACAAAUUCAGCAGCCGGCACGGCCAAAAAGGUGUGUGUGGGCUGAUUGUCCCUCAGGAGGACAUGCCCUUCUGUGAUUCAGGGAUCUGUCCUGACAUAAUCAUGAACCCUCAUGGAUACCCCUCCAGAAUGACUGUUGGGAAGCUGAUUGAGCUUUUGGCAGGGAAGGCGGGGGUGCUGGACGGGCGUUUCCAUUACGGUACGGCUUUCGGAGGCAGUAAGGUGAAGGAUGUGUGUGAGGAUCUUAUUCGCUAUGGGUACAACUACCAGGGCAAGGACUUUGUCACCUCUGGCAUCACUGGGGAGCCCCUAGAGGCCUACAUCUACUUUGGUCCUGUGUACUACCAGAAACUAAAGCACAUGGUGCUGGAUAAGAUGCAUGCCAGAGCACGUGGACCAAGAGCAGUCCUCACCAGACAGCCUACAGAAGGUCGCUCCCGAGAUGGUGGUCUCCGUCUGGGAGAGAUGGAGAGGGACUGUCUGAUAGGAUAUGGGGCCAGCAUGCUGCUGCUGGAGCGUCUCAUGAUCUCCAGCGAUGCUUUUGAAGUGGACGUGUGCGGCCAGUGCGGUCUGCUGGGAUAUUCAGGAUGGUGCCACUACUGCAAAUCCUCAUGCCACGUAUCAUCUCUGCGCAUUCCCUACGCCUGCAAACUGCUUUUCCAGGAGCUGCAGUCCAUGAACAUUGUACCUCGCCUUAAACUGGCUCGAUACAACGAGUGAGCCAGUGAUGCCUCUAACAGAGCAGGCAGUAAAACAGAUAACACAUACUACUGUGGAGGUUGCACUUCUGCAACAUUGCGUCUCAGCCUGGAUAUUUGUGACAUGACAUGACAGUGGUUUGUUUGCACCUGUCAGAGAAGUUCUUUGUAAACCGUUAGUGGUUACAUUUUGUGUUAAAUUAAGUAGUUUGACAUUUCAUGAGUCAAAGAAGCUCUGGACUAAAGAACAAUUCAGAGGUUGUUACAUAACUAGCACUUCACAGUCUUGAGUGUUUAGACGUUUGGUUUGCAUGUGGAAAACGUGCCUACUUCAAGAGGAUUUUUUUCCUUUAUUCAAAUAGUGAAAUAUU